CACAGUUGUGCAACUGCUGAAGAGAGUCCUCGCGCACAAGAACAUGGACAUGGCCACAGUGAAUGCUCUUCCUUAUGAGGAUUUUGUGAAUCUUUUGGGCAACGUGGUUGAGAAAUGUCCCAUUAUAACAGCUGCAGUGUGGUCAGGACGUCCCUUUUUGAACUUUGCUGCCUUGGAGGCUGCGAUCAGUGAAUUCAUCGACGCUCUCCCAGAGUCAGGCAAGGAGGGGGUCCUCAGGUGCCACCCCGACCUCGCGGGCAGGGACCUCCGGGGCGGCACCUUGACCCGGGAAUCGCGCGAGGAACAGACGGGAGCCGGGAUGGACGCGUUGACCUCGGCGGAAGCCUCGCGCGUGACCCGGCUCAACGAGGAGUACAAGGAGCGCUUCGGCUUCCCGUUUAUCAUCUGCGCCCGGCUCAGCGACAAGGCCACCGUUUUACGGCAACUGUCCGAGCGCCGCCGGAACGAGCGCGCGGUGGAGAGGGCGCGCGCAGUCGAGGAGGUGAAGAAGAUAUGUCGCCUCAGGCUGCAGGCUCUCGUGCGCGACGACGCUCAGAACAAGUUAUAGAACCGUGAAUGCUGCAGUUUUAUCUGGGAUUUAGAGGAUGUAGAGACCGCCAUUGUUGCACCGCAGGCUGUGGGGAUCGUUGCUUUAUUCCGAACAAGGUGUCAUUCAUGCGUCGCACUGUACAGUGAAUUCUUCAAACAAUAAAAUAUGUUUACAAUUAAA